AGAUAUUCUCCUGACAAUGAGGGACCACGACAUCGCCAAGUCUGAUUUCAAAUGCAUUGCUUUUUUUGAGGUACCUCAAGUCUGCUGUCCGAACACGCCGGCAUUUCAAAGGGAGUGUGUGACGUGCAAGACCGACUUGGUAAAUUCGAAAUAGCUAUAUUUCUGUCCAACUUUGCAAUGUUUCCAGCACAACAACCAGUGGCCGUUUCGAGCAAGAAUAGGAGCCGGUGGACCGAUGACGGCAUGAAUAAAUCGGGUGCAUUACGAACCAUACGUCUGAAGUUUUUGGGGCUGGUUCUUUUUCUUUUGAGGCCACCAACGGCGGAAGCCAACCUGAGGCUUUUGUUUUGUAGCAGAAAGCCGACGAAGGGCCGCACUAGGUAUCUGUUUCAGUCUUCCAAGUCGCCGUUUUCACGACACAGCCGGCUGUAUCCGAAGUACUUCUCCUCGUAGGGUACCAAUCGGAAACGGAAAAUUUUUCGCUGGUACCCAAAAAGAUAAAAGAUGAUAAAAUGGGGGGAAAAAAAAGGAAAAAAAAAUGGAACAGGCCUUGUAGAAUACCUAGUGACGACAUCUUAUGAUAAAACACACCUAUUUCAGCAAAUAUUCACCAUUUUGCCCACGACGACUCGUCACGUACUGCGACCACUACUUACCUUACGGCACCUGUCCCAUCGGCCUGUUCUUCGUACACGCCGUCCUAUCGGACUUGGAUCCAUCGUCACCAUGAGCGAGACUACCCAUGCCACC